AUGAAUUCGGUGGACAAUUGCCGUUUGGCGGCAAGUCUUAUUCGUGAAACCGUGUUCGAUGGUUGCCCUCGGAGGACACCGAAGGACUUUGCUUUUUUGCAAGCGAUUGGAGAAGGAGCGUAUAGUUGUGUGUAUAAAGCGCGAGAAAUAAGAUCCGGAGCUGAGUUUGCCAUAAAAGUUAUCCAAAAAGCCUAUGUGAGCCGUCACCAAAUGACCAAUUCGAUCAUUCGCGAGAAAAACAUUCUCAACUAUCUAACUCAAAUGAGUGGUGGCAACCCAUUUGUUUCGCAACUCUAUACUACAUUUCAAGAUGCUUCGAGAAUGUAUCUUGUGAUGAUGUUCGCGGAAAAAGGGGACUUGCUUGAUGCAAUGACGCAUUUUGGUUCGUUUGAUAUCGGGACUAGCCGAUUCUUCUGCUCGGAAAUUCUAUCGGGACUCGAUUAUCUUCAUCAUUGCAAUAUCGUUCAUCGCGAUUUGAAACCGGAGAACAUUCUCAUCAAAGCUGAUGGACAUGUGAUGAUAACCGACUUCGGAAGUGCCCAAGCUUAUCAAGAUCUGUGCUUGCCGCACAUCGACUUUGGGGAUGAGGAAAACUACUACAAUAGAUCGUGUAGCUCAUCGCCAUUGUUCGAACGCCGUUUCGAGGAGUCUCAUCCGGAUGCGAACAACGGUGGUCAGGGAAGACGCACUACUUUCGUGGGAACUGCUCAGUACGUGAGCCCGGAAAUGCUUUCGGAUGGAGAAGUUGGACCACACUCCGACAUUUGGGCUUUUGGUUGCAUUUUGUAUCAAUGCUUGUCCGGUCUUGCUCCAUUCAGAGCUGUUAACCAAUAUCAUAUGAUGAGAAAGAUCCAAGAGGUUGAUUAUUCGUUCCCAGAUGGAUUCCCACAGAUUGGCCGCGGAGUUAUCAACAAAAUCUUGGUUGGUGAUAUUGACGAGAGAGCGACUAUUGAUGAAGUAAUGGAUGACGUUUUCUUUGAUGGCGUUGAUUGGGACAACAUUAACGAGGUCACACCACCAACGCUUCAUGCGUAUCUUCCAGCUGCAUUCGGCGAACCCGAGUUUUACUCUGACGUCGUUGUUAAGCCAGGACUUGACGAUCACGCAUUGAUUCGCUUGAUGAAUCUCGUACCCGCUACUGAGAAUAAGAAUGAAGAAGGAAAUAACGUCGAAGAAGAACAGAAUGGAAACGCUGCCAACGAGAAUGAGGAAAUCGUUGUUAAGAAUGAUGAGGAAGAAGUUCAUGGGGUUGUUGCCGAUCAAAAAGUUGAGGAGGUCGCUAUUCCACAGGCACCAACGGUGGCUCCAGAACCUGCCGCAGAACCGGUGGUUGAGAAAUCAACUCCGGUCAAGGAAGAGAAAUCAAGCAAGAAGGACGAAAAGAGCCUCGAAGGAAUGAAAAUUGAACCACUAGAGGCUAUCUACUUUGACGGAAACACUGAUGAGCCAUUCGAGUUGAACCCAAGAACUCAAUCGCAAAUUUUGCGCAAUCAUAUUCUUCGACAAAAGAGAUUGGAGAAACAACGUCUUGAGAACCCCUAUCACUUGUUCACCAAUGGUGAGCUUAUCUUGAAGCAGGGAUUCCUCGAGAAGAAGCGUGGUUUGUUCGCUCGUAAAAGAAUGUUCAUCCUCACCGAGGGACCACAUUUGCUCUACGUCGACCCAUCUAAUAUGGAAUUGAAAGGUGAAAUUCCAUGGACUCCAUGCAUGAACAUUGAAAUCAAGAAUUUCGGAACUUUCAUUAUUCAUACGCCAAACCGCGUUUAUUACUUGUUCGACGAGGAACGGCGCGCUUUGGAAUGGUGCCAAGCCAUUGAAAGCCUGAGGCAACGAUAUGAAACUGAAAUUGAGGAAACUUACAAUAACGGUAUUGCCGAUGGCACUUUCUUUACCACUUAUGGAAAAAAGAAGUCUCGCAAGGAGAUCAUGCGAGCGGAGAAGGCUCUUCGUCGUAAGAAGGCCAAGGAGGAGAAGAAGGCUGCUAAGAAGGCCGCUCAACUCGCUGCUCAGGCGGCCAAGCGGAAUUCUCAGUGA